AAAACCAAAAGCAAACUUUUAUUGAUGAGACCCGAUUCCACCGCAAAAUAAUUUUCAUUUUGUUUAUUUAUUGUGAACAUAGGAAUCAACGUCAACAUAAUUUAGACACAUACGUCAUGUUUUUCCUAUUUCGAGGUUAAAACAUUUACCUUUGUUUCAUUGUUUUUGUUCCGAUUCCGUUUUCCACUUCUAUAUAUCAUUUCCACCUCGAAACCUUCCUUAUAAUCAGUAAAACAACUGACGCUUCAGUUUCAACACAGAAGGAAGAAAUCAAUGGCCACCACCAUUACCAACAAGAAAGAGAUAGAGAAAAAGAUAGAUGAUGAUCAUCAUCCUCAAGAACAAAAACUGAAGCAUCUUGGGUUUGUGAGAGUUGCUGCUAUUCAUGCUUUUGUUUGCAUGUCGAGUGUCUAUGAUUAUGCGAAACAGAAUUCGGGAUCUUUGAGAUCUGCUGUUGGAACCGUUGAAGGUACUGUUACUACAGUUCUCGGUCCUGUUUAUCACAAAUUCAAGCCUAUCUCUCAAGAUCUCCUCCUUUUUCUCGACAAUAAGGUGGAUGAUGCGACCAACAAAUUCUACGAGUGCGCACCACUUUUUGCGAAGCAAGUAGCAAACCAAGCAAAGGGUUUGAUUCAAGAAGUAACACACAAAGCUGAGAAAGUUGUGAAUGAAGCACAAUCUGGUGGGGCGAAAGCCGCUGCAAAUUAUGUAGCUACAGAGUCAAAGCAAGUAGUGCUAACAAAUUCGGUAAAACUAUGGUCAGGUCUCAACCAUUAUGCAGUAUUUCAUGCAGUAGCAGAGUUGGCGAUUCCGACAGCUGCACAUUGGUCAGAAAAGUACAACCAUGUUGUUAAGAACAUUAGUGGAAAGGGCUAUGGUGUAUCUGGAUAUUUACCUUUGAUUCCUGUGGAUGAAAUAGCUAAGGCAUUUAAACAAGGAGAAGGUAAUGUGAGUGUUGAUCAAGAAAAAACUUUGGUGGAAGAUGUUUCUGAUUGAGUACUAGUGUACUACUAGCUAUUUUCUUUGCAAAAUGUGGUUUGAGAUAUGCAAGAAAUUAAUGUAAGAAAUUAUGGGAAUAGAGGAUGUAAGCUAAAGUACUAUUAUAAAGUGUGUGGAACAUAAUGUGAUUAUGUAGUUAUGAAUGGAAAUUAAUGUAAGAAAUUAUGGGAAUAGAGCAUGUAAGCUAAAGUACUAUUAUAAAGUGUGUGGAACAUAAUGUGAUUAUGUCAAUGGUGACUUAAAUGGUCAUUAAGUU